ACCUGCUCCACUUUCUAGUAAAGAGGUGGUGUCAUGCUCCGCUGCAGACGCUAGGUGGCGCCAGUAUUCACGUUCUGCAAUAGAAAACAAAAGUUUUAAAAGUUCUUGAAGUUCUCCUUCCUUCUCAGAAGGUUUUAGGAUCUCUCAGGAGCAGGGCAGAAGACGAUCCGGGGAGGUGAAGCUCGUCAUGCCGAGGAAGAAGGGAAUAAAGCGAGCCUGCCUGGUGGUCAUCAUGUCCCUGGCUGUGCUCUUCCUCCUGGGAGUGCUUGUAGACUUCUAUUUUUCAGGUUGGCUUAUUAGACCAUCAAAGGGACGUUACGGUGUCUCUUAUCAAUCUCGAGAUAUUCAGAAAGAACUUAUAUCUGAAAUGAAGGCAGAAAACAUAAGAAUGUUCCUGCGAGAUUUUACUGGAAUUCCCCAUUUGGCUGGAACAGAACAAAACCUUUUGUUAGCCCAAAAAAUCCAAGCCCAGUGGAAAGAUUUUGGAUUGGAUAAAGCUGAGUUAGUUCACUAUGACGUCCUCCUGUCCUAUCCCAAUGAAACGAAUCCCAACUACAUCUCCAUUAUUGAUGAGCACGGCGCAGAGAUAUUCAAUACUUCCACAUCAGAGCCACCACCAGAAGGAUAUGAGAACUUCACUGAUAUCGUCCCUCCAUAUAAUGCUUUUUCUGCUAAGGGAGAACCGCAGGGAGAUCUGGUCUAUGUGAAUUACGCCCGAACAGAAGACUUCUUUUAUCUUCAGCGGAACAUGAGCAUCAAUUGUACUGGAAAAAUUGUCAUUGCCAGAUAUGGAAAAAUCUUCAGAGGAAAUAAGGUGAAGAAUGCUAUCCUGGCAGGAGCCAAGGGGAUCAUCCUGUAUUCAGAUCCGGCUGAUUAUUGUGCCCCGGGCGUUAAGCCCUAUCCUGAUGGCUGGAACCUGCCGGGUGGUGGUGCCCAACGUGGUAAUGUCCUCAAUCUUAAUGGAGCCGGAGACCCUCUAACGCCUGGCUAUCCUGCAAAAGAUUUUAUGUAUAGAUAUAAGGCAGAUGAAGGCGUGGGACUCCCCAGCAUUCCCGUCCAUCCCAUCGGAUACCACGAUGCUGAACAGAUACUAAGGUUGAUGGGAGGUCCAGCUCCACCAGCUUCAUGGAAAGGGAACCUUAACGUCUCGUAUAAUAUCGGACCUGGAUUUUUAGGGACCACCUCCAACCGACAAGUCAGGAUGCACAUCUACAGCAACAAUGAGGUCACCAGGAUUUAUGAUGUCAUCGGCACCAUCCGGGGAGCAGUAGAACCAGAUCGGUAUAUUAUUCUGGGAGGUCACCGUGACUCGUGGGUGUUCGGAGGAAUCGAUCCAACAACUGGGGCCGCAGUCCUCCAAGAAGUUGCAAGGAGCUUUGGAGCAAAACUAAGACAAGGCUGGAGGCCCAGAAGAACAAUCAUCUUCGCCAGCUGGGAUGCAGAAGAAUUCGGGCUGUUGGGAUCUACAGAGUGGGCUGAGGACAAUGCUAAAAUUCUUCAGGAAAGAGGCGUGGCCUAUAUCAAUUCCGAUUCUGCGAUCGAAGGCAACUACACGUUAAGAGUUGAUUGCACCCCGUUGUUAUACAGACUUGUGUAUAAUGUGACCAAACAGAUUGCUAGUCCGGAUGAAGGCUUUGAUAAUCGGUCCUUAUAUGAAAGCUGGCUACAGAAAAACCCUUCUCCACAAAAGAAAGGACUACCAGGAAUAAAUAAACUUGGAUCCGGCAGUGACUUUGAGGCUUAUUUCCAACGUUUGGGAAUUGCUUCUGGAAGAGCUCGUUAUACCAAAAACCCGAAAACCGACAAAUACAGCAAUUAUCCCAUGUACCACACAGUCUAUGAGACUUUUGAGCUGGUGGAGCGUUUUUAUGACCCAUCGUUUAAGAAACAGCUUGCAGUGGCCCAAGUGAGGGGCAGCAUUGUGUACGAGCUUGCAGACUCCGCCAUUAUACCCUUUAACGUCCUGGAUUAUGGAGAGGAGCUUAAGAACUAUGCCGAUAGUAUUUCCAAUUUGGCCAAAAAACAUCUGGAUCAAAUGGAAACCUACAAUGUGUCUUUCGACCAUUUAUAUUACGCCAUUGAUAAUUUUACCAACUACGCUGUAGGACUGCACCAACGAAUUAAAAACGUAGAUCAUAAUAAUCCACUGGCGGUUCGCAUCCUAAACGACCAACUGAUGUUCACAGAAAGAGCAUUUAUAGAUCCUCUAGGUCUCCCAGGAAGACCCUUUUACAGACACAUAAUCUUUGCACCAAGCAGCCAUAACAAAUAUGCCGGAGAAUCAUUUCCCGGUAUUUAUGAUGCUCUAUUUGACAUCGAAAACAAGGAAGAUCAGAGAGCGGCCUGGGAAGACGUGAAGAGACAGAUCGCCAUUGCAACAUUUACCAUACAGGCGGCGGCAGAGACAUUGAGAGAAGUUUAGUGUGAAGCGCAUUCUCCGCUUAUCUACGGGCACAGGAUCAAUAAAUCCAACGGCGGCAUCCUCCUGGCCCAUACAUCUCUUACAGUCACAUGGAUCUUGACUAGGGAUGAGCGAAUCGACUUCGGAUGAAACAUGCAUAAAAUUUGGUUUCAAUACUGUAUGGCGCGAGCGCUCCUUACAGUAUUAGAAUGUAUUGGCUCCCAUGAGC